AACGGGGAAGCCUGGAGCCGUGGUGCCUUCGCGAGCCGCGGAUUAAAAACGGAAGUGGCAAUUUUCUGAUUAAACGGUGGGUGGGUGCGUUCAGGGCCGGCUCGUAGAGCGGAAACGCGUCGUGGCUGCAGCUCCGUGGUCCUCUGAUCGAUCCCUGCCCCACAGUCUGCACAUCUCGUCACACCGAGAGGUCCCCCACCCUCCUGGUGCUGCACGCGCUAACGUCUCCGGUGCCCACGGCUCGGAACACGCACGACUCACGCUGAGGAGGAUCGUUUCUGCUCGGGUUCGGUCCGGAUCAGAAGCGAGACUGGGAUUUCCUCCCAUCAUUUGAUUUUUUAUUUUUAUUUCUGGGAGUGCGCGCGUGUGUUUGUGCAUGUGUGUGUGGCAGAUCAUCUUCUCCUUGUGUGUAUGUGUGUGUGUGUUUUGGGUGGAGUCGAUCCGGAUUUCUCCAAAUUGGAAAACCAUUGGCACGUUUCAGGAGCACCAUGAAGGACGGGAUCGCCAACAACAGCACAGCCAGCAUCUCUCAAGCCAGGAAAGCUGUGGAGCAGCUGAAGAUGGAGGCCUGCAUGGACAGGAUAAAGGUAUCCAAAGCUGCUGCAGACCUGAUGGCGUACUGUGACGCCCACAUACGCGAGGACCCGCUCAUCGUGCCCGUCCCCGCCUCUGAGAACCCUUUCCGGGAGAAGAAGUUCUUCUGCGCCAUCCUCUGAUGAGGCGCUGCUGGAGCUUAAUGGGUGCAGAUAUGGCGUUGCCUGGCUUCUCUGUCUUCACCACACCUGAAGCUACUGGCCACAGGCGUCGAGUUGGGAUUUGCCUGGUGGACACUGUUGUUGGUCAGCUCUGUCCUAGUGGCUGAAGGGUUUGGGGGAGUCAGCUACCAAACUGGCAACCCAGUGAGCGUAUCAUGUCUUGUUAAUUAAAUAGGUUUGUUAUUGCUUUGUUAUUAGAGAACAGCCUUGCUCAGUGCUUAAUGAGAUGAGAGAUUUUUUCUUUUUACUGUGCUAGAUCUGAACUUACCUCAGGAAACAGGAAUUUUCCCGGUGUCUUUCCCCCUUUGCCCGUUUGUAGCAACACCCGAUACUAGGCCUCUCAUUCUGAUUAAAUGUUCCUGCGGAGUCCCCGCCGCUUGUUUUAGCGUUUCAGUGCAGCCCGGAUCUGAUUAAAACUUCAUCUCACAUGAUGAACGCUCGCCGAAUAAGAAGGACGAGGCUGCUCAUCACUUCCACUACAACUGACGAAAUUGAAUCAAUCCAUUUAAAGCUGCAGCGGCGACAGCCAGGGGACUUCUUCAAGGGUAUCAGAAAACACAAGUCAAAAGAUUAUUCAUGAAUCGGUCACUUUAUCUUCAAAUCAUCGGGAACGCAGUUUACCUUUGGUGCUCUGCGUGAUUUACCUCCGGCUGAUGCUAUUCACCCCCAAGAAAAGGUGUUUUAAGCAGAUCGAAGUGUUCUCGUCUGAUUUUCCCGCGUUGUUUUCUGGGCAUGUUUCCUGAGCUAGAUUCUUCUUUGCCUGUCUUAGAAUGAACAGCAAGGCCUUUGACGUUAAUGCCAAAACCAGAGGCCUGCAUGUUUCCCUGCUCCUUUAUGACAGCGCCCUCUCUUUCUGAGGGGCCGUCGUCUUUUAGAGUGUACAGUGUGUUAACAGUGCCAACGUCCACGAGGGCAGCGUGGUCCUCACGCCGUGGCCUCGCAGCCUUCUACCCUUUUCCUUUGUUCUGGAAGAAAAAGCACACUGUCCAAACAUUUCCUUUACAUGGUAGUUUAAUAGCUUUUGCUAAUUUUUAUGAUACCUUGUUAUAAUUGUUAUUAUUAUUAUUAUUAAUAUUAUUAAUAUUGUUCUUAUCCGUAGUAAUAUUUAAUAUUUGUUGCCUAGCACUGACAACUACAUGUCGUGUAGUGCUACUGAGCUUGUAUGAUACUUAGAAAAAGUCAUUUAUAAAUCAUGCGAUUAUUGAUACUGUAUGUAUGUAUUUUUUAAAAACAGCAGCAACGAUCGUUUACACAGGAGGAUCUCUGCAGUGGUUUGGGCUUUUUGGAUCUUCUGUAAAGAUGAGAGAAACUUUUCCCUAUAGUGGUACUUUAAUCAAAUUAGGAUUCCUAAACUUUUACGGAGCCGGCCAGGUGUCGGAAAAACGCGUUCCUUUGGUUUAUGUGCAGAUGUUUGUGGUAGAGUUUCAGUUUUUAGUAAAAUAUUGCUAAGGUCUUCCAAAAAUCUUUUUAUGAAAAAAGAAAUCUCCACAGCACUGGCCUGGAAAUCUAAACAAACAUAAAUAUUUUGCUCUGCGGGUUGGUCUAGCCGCGCUUCAUGGUAGCCUCAGCAGGUCGACCGUUAACUGUGUGAAGUCGAGUCCAGGCCAUUCACAACCUUCUGUGAUUGUGGAGGGACAUGAGGGCAGAGCUGUGAUGGAGAAAAUCUACUAAGAUGGCGUCGGUUAAGGAGUGGCGCUCAUUUGAAAUGGCUUUGGUAUCUACUUUGGACGUUUUAGACGUGGGUUUUCUUUGAGACAUGAGCGGUACUUAGUCAUCACACCCUGGUGACAUCCCCGCGGGGGCAAUCAGCUGCAGACUCGGCUGCGCUUGGGAACUGUUAGGUGGUUUAACACCCAAAUGAACCCCCUAAUGCUUGACACCGACUGUGGAUUUGAACCCAUGAUCUCCCAGUCUCAGGGCAGACACUCAUACUUCUAUGCUACUGAGCUUUUACUUCCAUGGUGUAUGGUGGACUGCCCUGUUGACUGAUUUCUGUAGCGAUGAUUAUACCACACUGUUCAUUGCUCUGACUGGUCAUAGGGCUGUCCAAUAGGGGGUGUAUCAACUAGUCGACUAGUCAACUUCACUGCUCUGUAGUGACUUUUUAUGCCUGUCAUAGACUAGUCGCUGUCACGUGAUAAUGACCGGCAAGAUGCAGUCCUUGGAAAAGACAGCAGGUGACGAGCUCCUGCGCGUCGGGAGGCCACGCGCUGUGCCAGAGCGUCGGUAUCUGACGCCCGCCAUAAAACGGACAUUUGACCGAAUUGUGACCUUUACCCUCUUGCAAUUUAACCUUCCCCUCACCCCCAUCCCAACCUUGACAGCUUGCGCAUGCAAAGCUCUGAUCGUUGACGCGCUCCAGAGCACGGCCACAGUAACAUUAUCAAAUUAGGUGUUGCCACCUCAAAAACAAAUUUAACACGCGAUCGUUCAUGUCGGCUCAUUUCCUUUUAUGUUUUCUGUCUUUUAUUUGCGCCUGAUGCGUUUCGCUGCUGUGGAGCGGGGCGCAUCACCUGUUUUGUCCUCCGGUGACUUCACCUCACCUGUGGGCCCGCGCGUACUCCGCUGUUUUUGCGGUCGGUAGAUUUUUUAGAACUGCAGUUCAAAGGUAACUCAUAAGGUGAAUAUAUAUGAACCCAGGUAGCAGUUUCUCUUUAGGAUUGAGAGGAGAUGCAGGACGACAAUAAACAGGCAGGACAGAAAAAUAGUCAAAUAAAAACAAGCUAGUUUUUGUACCUGCUGGUUGCAACAAACAGACACCACUGAAGGUAAUCAGAAGUGAGGAACAGAAAAUGAAAUAAUUAUUUUAAUGUUUAGAGCAGCAGGAACUCCGAGAGGCUGCAGGCGCAUCAGUUUGCUGCUGCUGCGCAGGGGGAGGGGGGAGAGGGCUGAAGCAAGAUGCAGAAACUACCGUUGUUAAAAGAGAUGUGUUUAAUUUGGAAAAUGUGGGCGCAAUUUUAAUUGUCAAAAACUCCAGCGAACCCCCCCCCCCGGAAAAAAGCGCUUGGUCAUCCAUCGUCAGUUUUAGCCGCUUCAGGCGUAUGACAUCAUCAACGACCAGUCGAAGUCGACUAGCCUUUCAUUGCUUGACUGUCGACUUUAAAUGAAGUUAUGCAGCCCCUACUGUCCAACUCGUGUGGAGACAGUUUGAAAGACAGCCACAGAUUGCCCCCAUUACAACUGAUCUUUGUCUAUGGGUUGUGGCCAGACUUUCCAUUUACAUAUAUGGGGAGCCUACUUCUGGUCCAUGAGUCCUCUAUGGCCCAAAAAAUAUUAAUGGGAGUCUAUGAAACGUUCAAAGAUAUUUUCUGAUCCAGUCUGAUAUGCGCCAUGGAUUCAACAUACGACAUCAGAGAAUUUUAAAGACACACUUUGAUGCCAAAAAAGCGCUUACGGUAUUUUGGACAGGCAGCAAAAGCUACUUUAGGUUUUGUGUGAAAAUCUACGCUGGGGAGAGAGAUUCUGCUGUAGUAGUUUUACUUACAAAUUCUUACAAGCAAAUAAAUCUCAUAGUAUGUAGACGCUGUCAAAACACACGCAUAAUAAUCGUUUAAAGUGAAGUACAACACGUGUGAUUUAGGGCUUAGAAAUAACUUUUGGAGCUCCAUUCACUUACAUGUUUUUUUUGGUCAGGGGAGCCAUGAGCCACGGACCGACAACCAGGGGAGGGCUCCCCAUAGGAUGCCUUGUCAGGCUACCAUGACACCAAACUAAAUAUUUAUGAAACUGAUUGAGUUCUAGUCAUCCACUUGGUCUGAGUUAUUGUGUGUGACCAUCGUUAUGAAUCUGGUUGACUCCAAAAGUUAACAUCUAUACAUACAUCACAUGAUUCCCAUCUGGAAGUUUCUAAUUAAUGCAUCCAGUGGUCCAGUCUCAUAUUUUGCUGACAAACACACAGAAAUGGGUAAAAACUUCAGCAACAGGUGACAACAUUACAAUAGAAAAAAGGGUUUAGGAACCGUCUACUAAUUGCACCAUCUGACUAUAAUUUUCGGUAUUAUCAAUAAUAUCUGUUAUAAAAUUAACAUUACAACUGAGAUUUAAUAAAAAUAUAACUGUUGAAAUAUGAUCAUAAACAUUUGUGUCACUUUGUUGACGUUCCCUAAACUUUCUCCUGCUUGCAGAAAUCUAUUUUAAUGAGGUUAUUUUGAACUUUUCUCCUGAGGAGGUGACGUUUGUAGUCUGAUUGGGUUUUUAGGAGUCACUGAACACAAACUCACCCUAACCACAUGCACAAAGUUUUCUUAACUAAGCCUCUGAAACCUGGCCGGCUCCAUAGACUUUCAUAAACUCAUACUACUCCACAGUCAGAUUAUUUAACUGUAGUUCAAACCUGAGAUGGACCUCCGGCUGAUCUCAUCCACCUCAUCCUAACAACAGUGCCAAAUCUGCAAGAACCACAACAGCUGGAGACAAAAGCUCUGCAUGAAUUAAUUUCUGUCUAUAGAGAGAUGAAAUGUUGCCUCCACGUGGACUCUCUGGGUGCUACUCUGCACACAGUAAUCUCACUGGAGUCUGGAUAUGUCAGUAAUGUGCAGCUGUAAUCCUAAAUAGUAUUUUUGUUUUGGGAGAUAAAAAAGCAGUUAAAUAGCAGGCUUUGUUAACCCCUUUGAAAGAUGAAAUGAAUAAAAAAAAACGAAGCAACA